AUGAUAGCUUCUGAAGAACUUUCCAUAGGUAAUGUUCGCUUCACAACUUAUGAUCUCGGUGGACAUUUACAAGCUCGACGUCUUUGGAAAGAUUAUUUUCCGGAAGUUUCCGGGAUUGUCUUUAUGGUUGAUUCUCAAGACCGUGAAAGAAUUGCAGAAAGCAAAACUGAAUUAGAUGCUCUCCUAUCAAUUGAAGAACUGUCAACGGUUCCUUUCUUGAUUUUGGGAAAUAAAAUUGAUGCACCAGGAGCAAUUUCUGAAGAAGAAUUGCGUUAUUCUUUGGGAUUGUAUCAGACAACUGGCAAGGGUAAAGUUCCAUUGAAGGAUAUUCGACCAAUAGAAGUCUUUAUGUGUUCAGUUGUAAUGAGACAAGGAUACGGUGAAGUUGACGAUUUGACAUUCAUCAAAGGAGAGCCGAUAAUAUUGGGUGGACCAGUGCCAAAUGAUGGGUCGUUGAAUACAAUUAUUGUGGAGUUUUGGGCUUCUUGGUGUCAACCAUAUAAUAGUGGAGAAAGUGAAAGAAAGACUGGCCGCGACACAAUCCCUCAUCUAUCGAAGAUACAACAAAAGUAUCGUGAUCAAGGAAUAAAAGUACUAGGAAUAACUAACGAAAAGAAAGCUAAUGAAGUAAUUGAAUUCGUCAAUAACAUGGGGGAUAACAUGAACUAUUCAGUGGCAUUUGACAAGAAUCGUACUGCCAAAAAAGCACUAUUUGUACCAAGUGGUUCCCCGGGAAUCCCUACCGCGUUUAUCCUGGUCAACAAUAAAGUGAUCUGGAGUGGGCAACCGGGACUCGAUGAGGAGUUUGAUAGAUUGGUGGAACAAGCUGCGAACGAAAAGACUUCAACGUGUCUUGACCACUCUCCUUUACUCAUAAAAGAAAUGCGGCGCACAACUGGCACUAGUAAAAGGGCAAAUACCUCAGGGGCAUCUGCUGCUUCUGGUACACGCGGCAUAGAUAAUAGCAAGAGCAACAAUGAUACUAAUGGGGUUUCUAGCACAGUAAAGAGCACCUCUACUCUUACUCGUAGCAACACCACGAGCUCCUUACUCACUCCACGUUCCAAAAUCUCAAGGUCGCCUUCACCGCGUUUAGGCGUCAUUUCCGAUUCUAUUCCCGCCACAAAUGCUAGAACCUCGAAUACACUUAAACCAUCUAUCACAAGCUCGCGAACUACUAAUGGUGUUUCUAGCACAGUAAAGAACACCUCUACUCUUACUCGUAGCAACACUACGAGUUCCUCACUCACUCCAAAUCGAACUUCAAAUACAAAUAACCCAUCGACAACAGCACGAUCCAAGGUCUCAAGGUCGCCUUCACCGCGUUUAGGCGUUAUUUCUGAUUCUACUCCCACCACAAAUGCUAGAACCUCAAAUACACUUGAACCACCUAUUACAAGCUCGCGAAAUUCUAGAUCUCCUUCACCGUCAUCUUCUAUUGUUGGAAAGACCAAUACAACUAACAAAUCCGCAUCGAAAACAGCCAAACCUAUCAAAAAUAAGAGGACUUCCCGAUCUCCUUCACCAUCACCUGAUACCGGAGAACCAACUGCACGUCGAUUAAAUCUGUCUAAUCGCUCUUUAAGUGAAAUCCCCGAAGAUGUUUGGAAAAUGUAUGAGACAGAUACGGCAAACAUCGAUUUGGAUUUUGGUGCUGCUAGAUCGGAUAUAUGGUAUGAGGCUGUCGAUUUAACGCGAAUGGUGAUUGCCGAUAAUCAUUUGCAAUCAAUCGAUAAAAGAAUAGCUGAAUUUCGUUCACUGGUUUUUAUAGAUCUUCACAAUAAUAAAUUGUCAACUCUUCCAGAUGAGUUUGGCGAAUUAUCAAAUCUAGUCACAUUAAAUCUAUCUGCCAAUGAAUUCACCGAACUUCCAAACUGUUUGACUUCUCUUUUAUCACUGAUUGAGCUUCAAAUUUCGUCCAACAAACUAUCGGGAACUUUAGAUUCAUCAUUUGGAAAUUUGUCAAAGCUUGAGCUCCUUGAUAUAUCUUUUAAUGAGAUCACGGGAUUACCCGAGGAAAUUCAAAAUUGUAAGAAGCUUCGGAAAUUAAUAUUGAAGAAGAAUAAACUAAAAGAGAUCCCGGGACUUGCGUUAAGUGGAAUGAGUAGACUAGAAGAGUUGGAGGUUAAUGAAAAUCAAUUGGAAAAAAUAUUUGGUGGACUUGAUGGUACGCCGGUGAAUCUACCUUAUCUCAAGCGAUUAGAUCUUCGCCAAAAUAGAUUAGAGGCUUUAGACGAGGAACAAGAGGCGACAUUAUUCAAACCAUCCAUAUCAUUGCCGGCACUCAAAGAAUUAUUAAUUUCUUUCAAUAGAAUAGAAUCAUUAGGGCCUUUACUUCAUACCACGACUAAGCUGGAAAUCCUUGAUAUUGCAGAUAAUAAGUUCAAAGAGAUCCCAGAAGGACUAACCGCGUUGAAGAUGCUUAAGCGAUUGGAUUUGGGAAAUAAUGGACUUCGAGUGUUGCCUGCUGAAUUAGGAUUAUUGACUUCUUUGGAUCUACUUGUCUGGGAAGGAAAUCCUUUGAGAAAUGCCCCAAAGGGAUCUAAAUCGACGACAGCACUUCUUAAAACACUAAGAGAUCGACUGUCCUUAGUUGAUCUUGAUAAUAUGAAUAGACCAACAAUACCUGAACACAUUCCUUCUCCUAAUAAUCGAGGACGAAUUGGUAGUAGGCGAGCAGAUUCUUAUGAUGGUGCAUUCUCUGGACCUUUAGGCACUAUCACUCUUCAAGCAGUUGCAUCAAAGACAUUAGACCUGUCAAAAAAAGCACUUUCUUCAAUCACUGAUACGGAAUUGAGCUCAUUAGCAUUUGAACCGACAAGUGUUUAUUUAGGCUUUAAUGCAUUCACGAAUAUUCCUGCCUCUUUUUCAAUAUUCCAAAAUAUCAUCACUACUCUUCAAGUAGAUCACAAUAAAUUGACCACUUUUCCAAGUUUCGAAGAUAAAUCAGUAAUUUUCGUGAAUCUUGUGACACUAGACCUAUCUGCAAAUCAAAUAACAUCAUUGCCGGAUGAAUCAGAACAUACAGCAUUUCCAAAUCUGCAAAUUUUAAAUCUUAAUCAAAAUCGGAUGUCCGCGUUACCAUCCAAACUACCAUUUCCAAAACUUAAGACAUUUCUUGCAUCAAUGAAUGCGCUUACCGCAAUUACACCCUCAACAUUUGAGGAUAUGGAAGUGGUCGACGUAUCAAAUAAUAAUAUUGGUCAUUUACCACCGCAGUUGGGUAAUAUCAAAACGAUAAAAACUCUAUUGGUCGAGGGAAAUUCUUUUCGAGUCCCAGGAUAUGCGGUAGUUCGUCAGGGAACUAGUGGAUUGAUGGAAUGGUUGCGUGGUAGAAUCGUGGUUCGAUGA